AUGCUAGACAUUUUCUAUAAUUACCUAUCUGAGGCAUCCAAGAUGUCAUUAGACCACUCUGCAGGUGGAUCCCUCUACUUCAAGAAGAUGCCUGAAGAGGCGCAGGAGCUUAUUGAUAUGGUUGCCAACAACCAGUAUAUGUACACUUCUGAGAGGAAUCCUGUGAACAAUGGGAUAGCUCAGAAGAGAGGUGUCUUGGAAGUUGGUCAGCUGAGCAAGAAAAUCCCAGAGAUCCCUUCCAACACUCUUUCCAGUAACACAGAAGUAAAUUCAAGGGAAGAGUGCAAGGCCCUCACUGUGGAGGUGAUGACCGAACCCAAGGAGGAGCCUGCUAUUGAGGAGCUCAAGGAAAUCAGAGCUCAUGAGGAGACUAAUAAUGUCCCCUUGCAUGCCUCUUUGCUAGGAGAGGAACCUAAGGAAUACACCUCUUCUGAUGAGGAUGAGGCAUCCAAGGAAGAGCAAAUUGCUCGGUUCCUGGCAAUCCUCAGGAAGCUAAAGGCCAACUUUUCUCAUACAGAGGUGGUGGAGGAGGAAGAUGAGCCUGUGGUACUGGCCAAGGAGUGCAGUGCCUUGGUUCAGAAGAAGCUCCCUCAAAAGCUGCCAGAUUCCGGAAGCUUCCUGAUUCCCUGUACUAUAGGUACAAUCACCUUUGAGAAGGCAUUAUAUGACCUUGGCUCAAGCAUCAACCUCAUGCCUCUUUCUGUGAUGAAGAGGCUGGAAAUUCUGGAGGUGCAGCAUGCCAAGAUCUCAUUGGAGAUGGCAGAAAAGUCCCUAAAAAGGGCAUAUAACAUGGUGGAAGAUGUCCUAGUGAUGGUUGAAGACCUUUACAUCCCUGCAAAUUUUGUAGUCCUAGACACUGGGGGGGAUGAUCAAAAGGAAAUUAUAGCAAAUCUCAAACAGGAAAGUAAAAUUACUUGA